CGCAGACGCACGCAUCACGUCACGACACAGAACAGAAACGAGAGAAAGAAGCGGACAGCGCAGAAAACAGGACGGACAUCAGUACCAAAAGACACAGACGAGAAAUACGCGACAGGCAGAUAAGCGCCGAGUGUCUGGAGAGCGAUGAGGGCGGCGGUGUUUUGCGGGGCUGUGUUGAUGCUCGCACUGUCCUCGGUAAAAGAGGCUGAGGGCGAAAACGGAAUUUCCUUUGAGUACCACCGCUAUGAGGAAAUGAGAAAAUCGUUAGUAUCUGUGUGGCUGCAGUGUCCAUCCAUCACCCGCAUCUACACUGUAGGAGAGAGCUUUGAGGGUCGCGAGCUGCUCGUGCUGGAGAUGAGCGACAAUCCCGGGAUACACGAGCCUGGUGAG